CGUAUUGCGGAUAUGAGGCAUUUUUUCCCAUGGCGUAUUGUGUAAGCCUCGGGGCGUAUGAAGGCCAGGAACCCAGCGGGAGUUUCACUCUUGGAGUUUGCCAGAGCGAGUGAUUUCGUGGUUGCUAACUCGUGUUUCCCUAAACGAGACGACCAUUUGGCUACAUUUGUUAGUGGAGUGGGGACGACACAGAUCGACUAUCUUUUCUUGCGCAGGUGUGAUCGGGUGCUCUGCAAGGAUGCUAAAGUAAUUCCGAGUGAAAACGUCACUACCCAACACAAGCUUCUCGUGAUGGAUGUUAUGAUCAGGUGGGAGAAACAUAGGAGAGCUUUGAGUGGCAACACACAAAUCAGGUGGAGGAGACUAAGUGCGGAGAACAUCGCUGAGUUGACCAGGCGAGUGCAGGAGAAAGGUGCGUGGGAAUCGACCGGAGAGGCUACAGAUAUGUGGGUGCGGACUGCUAACUGCAUCAGGGAAUCAGCCAUGGAAGUGUUAGGUGUGAACUCUGGCUCUGGGUGUAGGCGUCGGGGUGAUUGGUGGUGGAGCGAUUCAGUCCAAAGUAAGGUGGAAGCUAAGAAGGUGGCGUAUUUGAGGUACAUGGGUUGCAAUGUUGAGGAGGAAAGAGCGGCGUUACGAGUGAAGUACAAGAAAGCGCGUAAAGAAGCUAAGUUAGAGGUAAUGAGGGCAAAGAAUGCCGCUUUUGAACGCCUCUACAAGGAUAUUGAGGAGAAAGGCAGUGUUAAUCCACUGUUCCGGCUUGCUAAGGUGCGUGAGAGGAAGGCCCGAGAUCUAGACCAUGUGAGAUGCGUGAAGGACAGCGAUGGUAGAGUGUUAGUUGAGACUGCCAAGGUGGCUAAGCGCUGGGGGGAGUACUUUAGUGAACUCUUAAAUGCGGGAGGAGACCAGAGGCUAGUUCUUGAUGAGUUGGGACAUCCUGGGGCGUCUCGUGUGUAUUGCCGGCGCAUUUGCCUGGAAGAGGUGGUUCGGGCUCUCCGCGUGAUGCGUAGUGGGAGAGCUUUGGGACUAGAUGAGAUUCCGGUGGAGUUUUGGAAGCGUGUGGGUCGUGGCAAAGGUGACAUUCAGGGCUGCGAGAAUUACAGAGGCAUCAAACUACUUAGCCACACCAUGAAAGUUUGGGAGCGAGUCAUUGAGUAUAGGGUGCGGAAAGGGGUUUGCAUCUCUGAGAACCAGUUUGGUUUCAUGCCUGGCAGAUCGACUACAGAGGUCAUUCAUCUCGUGAGGAGGUUAAUGGAAGAGUAUAGGGCUAGGAAGAAGGACCUUCAUAUAGUGUUUAUUGACCUUGAGAAGGCGUAUGAUAGGGUGUCAAGGGAGGUCUUAUGGAGGUGCCUUGAGGCGAGAGGAGUUCCCAUCGUGUACACUCGCGCGAUCAAGGAUAUGUACGAUGGGGCUAUGACCAAGGUAAGGACUUCCGGGGGCGACUCAGAUUCCUUCUCGGUAGGGAUGGGGUUGCACCAGGGGUCUGCCCUUAGCCCUUUUUUGUUCGCCUUGGUGAUGGACGUCCUAACUCAAGGUGUUCAAGACGGGGUCCCAUGGUGCAUGCUUUUCGCGGAUGAUAUUGUGCUUAUCGACGACACGCGUGAGGGACUAAACGAUAAGUUGGAAUUAUGGCGCCUUGCCCUUGAGACUAAAGGAUUCAGAAUAAGUAGAAACAAAACUGAAUACAUGGAAUGUCGUUUCAGCGGCCGGGAUACAGAAUCAGAGGUGGAAGUCAGGAUUGACUCUCACCUAGUACCUAAGGUAGACAGGUUUCGAUAUCUUGGCUCGGUAAUCCAGGUGGAUGGGGAGUUAGAUGCGGAUGUUGGACAUCGGGUUGGAGUAGCUUGGGCCAAAUGGCGGUUAGCUUCAGGGGUGUUGUGUGAUCCAAAGAUUUCGCCUAGAAUGAAAGGUAAGUUUUACCGAUCCGUAGUCAGACCUGCUAUGUUAUAUGCGGCAGAGUGUUGGGCGGUUAAGAAGACUCAUGUGUGUCGUGUGCAUGCGGCAGAGAUGCGGAUGUUACGAUGGAUGUGUGGGAAGACAAGGUUGGAUAGGAUUUCGAACGAAGUUAUCCGACGUCAGGUAGGUAUGGCAUCAGUGGAAGACAAGUUGCGGGAAGCGAGGUUGAGAUGGUUUGGCCAUGUGAGACGGCGGGAUGCUGACGCCCCUGUACGGAGAUGCGAGAGGAUUACGGUUAUCGGGGGAAGUAGGGGAAGGGGUAGACCUAGGAAGAAUUGGAAGGAGGUGAUUAGGCAGGAUUUAGGACUUCUCGACCUGACUGAGGAUAUGGCCCUAGAUAGGAACCUUUGGAAAACUAGGAUUAGAGUAGCUGGAUAGGAGCUCGGUGUUGUAGAGGUUNGUGGAAGAUAAGUUGCGGGAAGCGAGGUUGAGAUGGUUUGGCCAUGUGAGACGGCGGGAUGCUGACGCCCCU